AUGAAUUAUGCUAAUCCAUUUUCUUUAUCAUCUCAUGGAAGUUUCCUCAGUCCCAGAGAAACCCCAAGCAUUUUAACGAGCUUUCUCUCUUAAAAUUAGUCCAUUAGAUCAGCCCAAUCGAAUCCUAUUAAGCUGAGUUUCAUCUAGCAUCCAAAACACACUAAGAAAACAGAUCUUGUGUCCCCAAGAUCCAAGAUGGUUACCUUGCACGAGGAUAAGAAGCCAAAAAACAAGAAUUUCGAAAGGAUCAAAUAUGUUUCAGAGCAUUCUACCACGCCUUACUUAUGCAUUUCAAAAAAACAUCCUUAAAUUCGUAUUCCAAUACUCCCCAAACUAUCACCUGAACCUAAGAUGGAAGUACAGAGAAUGCCUUAUAUAAACAUCAUGACAGAACCAACUGCUGCAAUUGAAGAACAUAGUGAUGAAGGGAGAAGUAAUGGCGAAAAAAGCAUUGACAAUAGUAAGUCAAAUAACUUACUGCACGUUUCUGAAACCACUCAUAAUUUUGAAGACUAAUUAUCAACAAGCAAACUCUCCCUCAAAUCCCGCUUUAAGUCAGCAGUCUAAAAAUCAUUUCGCUCUCCUCCCAGGAAAGUAUUAUCUUAUAUAAUUAGUCAUUAUUCAACCUCCUCAUAUCUCACGAAUUUAAUACACUGCAAGAAAAUGAGAGAAAAUCCAUCCAAAUUAAAUUCGAACCUGGUAAUCAAGUAUUAGCAUCUAAAAUAAUAUACCUCAAAAAAUCUAAAUGGAAAUAAUAAUGCAUCAAAACCCAGGAAAUCAAAAGACAGUCUCGCUUUAUAAAUGUCGAAUAGUUUAGCGUGUCAACUAAGGCAUUUCAAAGGAAAAUCAAUUUAAUUCAUGGAACCAACUCUAGAAGUUUAAUUUCAAUUGAAUCUUUCUCUCUACUUCCAAAAUCUUCAAGAAAAUCUGCAAUCAGCAUUGCUUCCAAACUACAAAACAAUAUUUAAUCAGGAAUCUCUGAUAAUCUGAUCGAUAAAAACGAGGAAUCAGUAUUACGUUAGAACAACAAUAAGGAAUCUAAACCAGUUUAAUUUAACAUAACAGUGACUUUUUAAAAUACUGACAUAGCAGCAUAUCAAUUUAACAAACCAAAAUAUAUAUAUCAUCACAAUGAGGAAAUCUAAUAAUUGUAAAGUGUUUCUCCUAAAGCCACUCCAAAGAUCCUUCCAAUGACUUUGCUACAAUCUAAUAAUCACAUAUCACUUGCAUCGACUAAGAAAUUAGAUUACAAUUCCACUUUUGUCAAUUUAAAAACCAAGAGGCUAUCUAGAUUAUCUGUUCAAUAAGGUGUUACAUAAGAUGAGGUUUAAAAAAUAGAAUAACAAACCGAAUUCAAUAAAGUAUUAUUUUAUAUAAGAUAAAUAGCCUGGGUUAUUUUUCAGAGUUUAUUAUCAAAAUAAAUUAUACAAAUUGAUGCAAAAAUCUAAUUAUACAAAAGAAAACUUGGUAGAAAUUGAACAAGGUUUUAGACCAAAGUUUGUACCACCCAAUACCAAUACAAUCAUGAGUAAUGUCUACACUAUGAUGUCGACAACUGAAUAGGGAAUAAGAUAGAGAAAAAUCACGAAUGAAUCAUUAGCAGAUAAAAUUCAAUUUACGGGAAUCAAAUUUCCAAAAUAUUAAAUUGAAUCUGAGAAGCCGCCCUUUGAUUACUAUAAUGAAUCAUCCCAAGAGGGAACAGAAUCUAGUGAUGAUUCAGAAUCAUAAGUGUCCUUAAACUAAUUUCUAGAAAGUCCAUUGGAUCCUAGUUGUAAUAAUUUAAAUAAAUUAAAGCUAGAACCAUUAUAAAAAAACAAAAAGCUCUCCAAAAGAAAAAAAUCUCUUUAAGAAAUAUCAAAUGAACAAGAUGAUUAAACUCACUUUUUUAAAGAUCAACCUACAGAUUACAAAUGUAAUAAUAAAUUCAUUUAUAGAACUAUCCACUGGGUCAUUAGUGCUAAUAAAGAAAAUACGGGAAGCUUUUCAUGUUCCUUUAACCAUUUAGCCUAUUUUGAACAUCUUGGAAUCUUCUGCAAAGAAUAGGUUGUUAAGUUAUAGUGUUUCCGUUUGUGAAGACUUUCAUAUGGAAAUAGUAAAGGAUAUAGAUCAAAUCGCAAAUUAGAAAUUGUUAAAGUUUUAGAAAAAUUCAUAAUUAAACUCUAUGGUAUUUCAAGCUAUCGAGAUGAGAUAUUCUUAGAUUUUUAUAGGGAGAUAUGUCAGUUAAACAAGAAUGAUUGAUGUUGAACAUUAAGAUCCUGUUGUUUAAGCAACUAUACUAGAAAUAUAGGAAAAAAUUGAUCAACCCUAAUCUAAUUAAUUACAAUAACAAUUCUCACAGAUUAAGAGCCAAAAAAAGAAUUCUAGCAAGGAUUCUGUUAAAGACUCAAAUUCUAAGAAGCCUUAGCCAGGAGGGAAAAUGAAGUAAUCUUAAAGAUAUCUUACGAAAUAAGAUUCUCUUUAAGUUCAUUAAUUUUAGUCAUGGAAUAGAAGAGCAAUGCAGUCUGGAGAUUUAUCAAACACCCUGCAAUAGUCAAAUUAAUAAAACUCAAAUUUUUUUACCUAAGCCUCAACUGUUCUAAUCACAAAGCCUACUUAAACAUCGUAAUAAUCUGUUUUUCGAGUUAUGAGUUCAAAGCAUAUAGAUUUGAAUAGUUCUCAAUAAGACGCAAGUUCCUCAUUAAAUUCCUCAGAAAAGGAAGAAACUCCUUAAUCUGGUUAAGUUUAAAGGAAUCCAUAAACAUAAUCCUAGACACAACCGUAGCAACCCCAAUUAAUACAAACAUCCGCUUAGAAUUAAAUCAAUUCUGGCAGAAAUUUACGUUUGGAUGAAGAUUCUUAGCAAGAACCAAAUGAGUAAUAUGACUUGGACCAUUUACAGAACAAUAUGGUAUUUGUUUAGCAUGAUAUAAGAAUUAUUUGAGCAUGUAUAUGAACUCGUUAAGAAUGAGAACUCACAUUAAGGAAUCCUCGAGAAGGUAGAAAUUAGAUUAAAUUUAAUAAAUUAAUUUGGCGAUUUAUGAUCAUAAUUUUACAGAAGUAAGCUGAUUGAAUUAUAGGCAAUAGUUCAUUGAUAAUAUCUAGUUCAUUCCAGAAACUCAACUAGAUACUCCUUUAUAAAAUGGAAAUACGUUUCUUAUUUUAGCUGCUUAGUGUGGAUGUAUCGAGAUCGUUCAUGAGCUAAUUAAGAGAGGUGCAGAUAUCAAUAUUUAAAAUGUAUGGUAUUACUAAAGAAGGAUGAUGGCAAUACUGCAGUUCAUUUGGCUUUGGCAUAUGGGCACUACAAGAUUGCGGAUUUGUUAAUGGAAGCAGGAGGAAGUACUCAUAUCAUCAACAGAAAAGGAUAAAAUGCCUGGGGAAUAUUGUGA